AUGGGUAACUCUACAGGAUCCACCGUGGAAGAUCUCCAGGCUGUGGAGAAGCACCUCUGGUAUAAGAAGUUCAUGACAGAGUGUCCUUCGGGUCAGCUCACCCUGCAUGAGUUCAAGCAGUUCUUUGGGCUCCGGGGACUGGAUGCUGAGGCCAACGCCUACAUUGAGCAGAUGUUCCGCACGUUCGAUAUGAACAAGGAUGGCUACAUAGACUUCUUGGAGUAUGUGGCUGCUCUGAGCCUGGUGAUGCGAGGUAAAAUGGAACAUAAACUCCGCUGGUACUUUAAGCUGUAUGAUGUGGACGGCAACGGGUGCAUUGAUCGAAGUGAGCUGCUAAACAUCAUAAAGGCUAUCCGUGCAAUCAAUGGGAAUGAAAACCAGGAAGUUGAUGCGGAGGAGUUCACCAACCGGGUGUUUGAUAAGAUAGAUGUCAACGGAGAUGGGGAGCUGUCUUUGGAGGAGUUUGUGGCGGGGGCUCACACUGACGAAGACUUCAUGGAAGUGAUGAUGAAGACCUUGGAUCUCACCCACAUAGUCGCCAUGAUCCACAAUCGGAGGCACAGUGUUUAG